AUGGCUUCCCUACAGUUUACAAUUGCCGACAUCUUCUCGCAGACGCCCUAUCAAGGAAAUCCUCUCGCAAUCGUGGACGCCACCUCUCAGGUGCUGACGACCACCCAGCAACAAUUGAUCACGCGACAGUUUAACCUCUCUGAGACGUCAUUUAUCCUGCCAGCCACCGAAGAGAAAGCAGAUUACCGCCUGCGGUCUUUUUUGCCCGAUGGGCGGGAAGUUUAUGGUGCCGGCCACAACAUCCUGGGUGUGUGGUGGUACCUCGCCGAGAGCGGGCUUCUAAAUUUCACCUCCGCCAACCUCAGCCAGACGCACGAAGACGGAUCUGAAACGUUUCUGUUCCACCAGGAGCUCGGAGGCGAGGUCAUCGCCCUCAAGAUCCGCCGUAUCAAGAAGCCUGAGCACAAGAACGACUAUGAAGUCUUCCUUCGCCAGGCCCCGCCCAAAGUCCACGGCAUCCAUCCCAACCGAGCUCUGCUGGCCGAGAGCUUCGGACUGACGGAGGCGGAUAUCGGCUUUGCCGCCAGCAACAGCAACAGCCUGUUGCCCCCUCAGGUGACGUCCACCUCGACAACCCAUCACCUUCUCGUCCCGCUCGCCUCUGUGGAGGCUCUGAACAAGGCAGUCGUGCAGAGGGACAAGCUCCUGGAGCAGCUGGCUCUCGUCGACAAGCGGGCUUAUGGGCUGUUCCUGUUCACGCAAGUGGGCGCGAAUAAGUAUGAAGCCAGAUUCUUCAGCCCAGGCAUGUCUGGCGAAGAUCCGGCGACUGGCAGUGCGGCCGGACCCCUGUCAGUUUAUCUUCAUGAGCAUGGAGAAUUGGAACUCGUCGACGGUGCCGCCCAGAUUGAAGUUCACCAGGGGCUGAGAGUUGGACGAAGGUGUCUGAUCAAGGUUGCACUGUCGCUGGAGAAGUCAGAGGGCGGGGACAUCCGCCAGGUAGACUUGAUAGGUGGAGGUGUGACCAUUGCUGAGGGCAGAAUCUCCAUACCGGGCGAGUCGAUUGCGUUUUGA